AUGUCUGGAAAUAUUGUCAUCCUGAUCUUAAUAACCACUGACUCCCAUCUUCUUUCCCCCAUGUACUUCUUGUUGGCCAACCUGUCCUUUGUUGAUAUGUGGCUCUCCUCAAACACCUCUCCUAAGAUGAUCACCGACUUUCUCAGGGAAAACAAGACCAUUUCCUUUGCAGGAUGCAUGUCCCAGGUCUCUUUUGCCCAUUGCAUUGCUAUAGGAGAGAUGGUGUUGUUGGUGGUAAUGGCUUAUGAUCGCUAUGUGGCCAUCUGCAAACCUCUCCAUUACUUCACCAUCAUGAACCUGAAGAGAUGCACUGGGUUGGUGAUGACUUCCUGGAGCAUUGGCUUUACACAUGGUAUAAGUCACUUGGUAGUGGUUAUGCAGCUGCCUUUUUGUGGUCCCAACAAGAUAGAUAGUUUCUUUUGUGAUAUGCCACUGGUAAUCAAGCUAGCCUGCAUGGAUUCUCAUUAUUUAAAUACUUUAAUGAAUGCUGAAUGUGGGAUUGUGGCUCUAACUUGCUUAACACUAUUGCUUCUUUCCUACACAAAUAUACUCAUCACUGUUUGCCAGAGCUCGAAAGCUGGAGUAUCUAAGGCCCUGUCCACAUGCACUGCACACAUCACAGUGGUAAUGAUCUUCUUUUUGCCCUGCAUCUUCAUCUAUGUGUGGCUUCCUCAGUAUCACCUGAUUAGACAAUUUUUUUGCUGUGUUUUAUUCUGUUUUAACACCUCUUCUAAACCCAACCAUUUAUACACUGAGAAAUAA